AUGUCCGGCGUCUGGACGAUCAAUAAACCCGUGCUCAAGCUCGACGACCAGAGCUCGAACCAGCGCAGAAGAGUCCUGGUCCACACCCCUACAAACGAAGUCAUAACUUGCUACUCGGACCUCGAGAGAAUGCUCACCUCGCUCGGCUGGGAGCGCUACUACGACGACCCGGACCUCCUCCAGUUCCACAAGCGCUCCACGGUUCACCUCAUCUCUCUCCCUAGGGACUUCAGCCGGUUCAGGUCCAUGCACAUGUACGAUAUCGUCGUCAAAAACAAAAACCUCUUCGAAUUCGCGGUGAAGUUUGUGACAAAGUGUGUUUGA